CUGGAUCUCUGUUUUAGAUUACGAUGUCUGGUGAAGCAGCUGGAGAGAGGAGAGGCUUCCCUCAGCGACCUCAAGAAAAACCUUGAGUAUGCAGCUUCUGUACUGGAAUCCGUUUACAUCGAGGAGACAAGGCGAUUGGUGGACACAGAGGAUGAGCUCAGUGACAUACAGUCUGAGUCGGUGCCUUCGGAGGUGCGGGACUGGCUGGCCUCCACCUUUACCAGACAGAUGGGCCUGAUGUUGCGGCGGAAUGAAGAAAAACCUCGUUUCCGCAGCAUCGUCCACGCUGUUCAGGCUGGCAUAUUUGUCGAGAGGAUGUACAGACGUACCUCCAAUAUGGUGGGACUCAGCUACCCUGCGUCUGUCAUAUCUGUGCUUAAGAAUGUUGACAAGUGGUCGUUUGAUGUGUUCGCUCUGAAUGAGGCCAGCGGGGAUCAUGCAUUGAAAUUCAUAUUCUAUGAGUUGCUCACCAGAUAUGAUCUCAUUAGUCGCUUCAAGAUCCCGAUCUCUGCGGUGGUGUCAUUUGUGGAGGCCUUGGAAGUUGGAUAUAGCAAACAUAAAAACCCCUACCACAACCUGAUGCAUGCCGCUGAUGUCACGCAGACCGUGCACUACCUGCUACUCAAGACCGGCAUGGUGCAUUGGUUGACUGAACUUGAGAUUUUUGCCAUGAUCUUUGCGGCGGCAGUGCACGACUACGAGCACACAGGGACCACAAACAACUUCCACAUCCAGACAAGGUCAGACACAGCCAUCCUGUACAAUGACCGCUCAGUGUUGGAGAGCCAUCAUGUCAGCGCUGCUUACCGCCUGCUGCAGGACGACGAUGAAAUGAACAUCCUCUACAACCUCUCAAAGGAUGACUGGAGAGAGCUGAGGGCUCUGGUUGUGGAGAUGGUGUUAGCAACAGAUAUGUCCUGCCAUUUCCAGCAGGUGAAAGCCAUGAAGAACUUUCUACAACAACCUGAAGGCAUUGACAAGCCCAAAGCCCUGUCCCUACUGCUGCACACAGCAGACAUCAGCCACCCAGCCAAAAGCUGGGACCUCCACCACCGCUGGACCACCUCCCUGCUGGAAGAGUUCUUCAGACAGGGGGACAAAGAAGCUGAACUUGGACUGCCAUUCUCUCCUCUCUGUGACAGAAAGUCAACCUUGGUGGCACAGUCCCAAAUAGGGUUCAUUGACUUCAUCGUGGUGCCCACCUUCACCGUGCUGACAGACAUGAUGGAGCGGAUCGUAACGCCACUCAUUGACGAGGCCUCCCACUCAGGUCUGGCUGGUUUUCGACGCUCAAGUCUGAACAGUAUUAGCUCAGAUGAAACCAAGAGGCACAGUGUCAAGAGCAUGGGCUCGGACAGCAGCUCGUCAGGCCAAAGCUCUCUGCUGUCAGUGGACAUGAAGAACUUCAAGGCCUUGUGGAAUGAGGAGGUUUAUCAAAACAGAGAAAGAUGGAAAGCCCAGGCGGCUAAAGAGGCAGAGGAGAGGGCUAAAAAGGAAGCAGAGGAGAAAGCUGAGCAGGAAGAGGCUAUGGAGCCCCAAGACGCCCAAAAAGAGUCUGAGCACCCACAACCAAAGGAGGACAAGCAGGAGAGGGAGACGCCCAAGUCAGCAGAGGUCAGCAGACUACUAGAUAGUAACUCAGGGGAACCAGAGCAUGGAUCACUGCCCGGGAGCACCUCUCACCAGAAUCCCCUGCUGCAAAACGGAGAGCUGUCAGGAGCAGAAUCUCCAGACAGUGAAGAGAAUAAGAACAAAGAAAUGAGUGGUGAUAGAGGAAGUGAUGGAAUAACUGAGCUGUGCGGGCACUCUGGGCACGCUGCUGUUGACCUGAACCUGCUGGACUUCCUGUGAGGAACUCCUAUUUGAAAGGGAAGGCCAUUAGCUCGACUGUGUCGCCCUCUACUGGCCUCUAAGAAACCAACACGUUUGCUUCCAUUUUUUUAAUGUCUCCUUCCAUUAUUCGUUUUUGCUUGGCUUUUAACUUGUUUAUCACAUUUUUACGAUGUAAAAUUAUUCAUUCACUCCUACUUACUGAUGAGGACUAUUAAAAGGAGUAAAAUACCUUAAAAAGGCCUCCGCGAGGUAGAGCGGAGCCUUUAGAUGAUGGGUAUUUCUUUUUGUAUGUUUCUUUUUUACCAUACUUUUUCGUCACAAUGUGUUUUAUGUUUUAGCUCAAACACUGGCAUGUAGCUAUUGUAAAAGUCUCCCUAUAAUCUUGCAGCAACGUCUAACAUUUCUAUAUUUAGAUGAUGAGGGAGUUGUAUGUUAUUCAUGUACAAGUCAUUUGUUUCGGUUCUUGCAAAUCAGUCACAUAAAUGGAGGUCUGUGUGGAAAGUAGAAUGGAUUAAGCGGGACUUUUACAACCGCUGCACAACAUGUUCAAUAUAUGUAUGUACAGUACACUGUGGUUAAAUCCACAAAUCAUUAGCUCUACUAUCUUAUCAACUCCUUAAACAAGCCCAUUCUCAUACAGAAAGCUUGUUGCUGUGCUUAGGGAACCUGUCAUGUUUGCAGAAGCUGGGACAUGUUUACUGUCUAAUUGCUUUCCUCAGACAUCUCUAAUGCAUUUGUAUUCCUUGCAGCCGAGUACAUUUUUUUUUUCGUGAGUGUUUUUGUCCUCUUCACUAUGAAUAUUCAAUGUUUGUACAACUGUGGAUAUGAGGUGGAGUAGUAUUCACUCCAAAGUCCAAAUAACAGAAAUAUUUUCGGGGUAUAAUGUAUGAUUAAAUUAGAGAGCAGCUUUUUGCAAUUUAAACAUAUCACACACGCAAAUGCAUUCAAGUUUUUGUAAGACAUGUCUUUGUUGAUAUUUUUUUUUUAUUUGUGAAAUGAUUUGUUUUGCAUCCAUCAUGUCCUGUAUGAUUCAUGCUCGACACGUGUCUGAUGUUGUCACACUAUGUAUUCUUCUUGAUGCCUUCUGAUGUGUUUUUAAACUGUAGCGAAAAGUCGUCAUUGCUGAAUUAUAAGAAACCUAAUUCAAUCAUGCUGAAUUCUAAGUUAGAAUUCUAUUUUUUCUUUUGCAGAGCAGUUUUGUCAUAGCAGCUUCACCACAUGGCGUCAUGUUUACAGUGUGCUCAUACAUCUCUUAGCUGGUCGAACCCAUCAUGCUUCUGUGGUGCUUUUGAGGCUCCAAAUCCAAUCAAUACCAGCUUCUUUGUUGUUUUCCAGGUUUUUAAGGCUUAUAAUAUUAUAUAUAUAGAUAAUGCAAUUUUUUGCUUAUUGUGGAUAUGUAACAUAAUGAAACCCUGCAAUGCUGGUUCAGCUUUCACUAUGUACUUAAUACGUGUAAUUUGGAGGAAAGAAAAGAAGCAUUUUGGCAGUAUUUGCAAAAUGAUAGGCAUAUUUUAUUUCCUUUAAACCUGUAAACUUUGAUUUUCCCUUGUGUUUUUUUCUUAUGAAAACUUAUUGCGCUGAGACGGGAUUUAAAGCUUAUUUUAAAGUACUUUAUAGAUAUGUACAGCUGAGCAAAUUAUAUAUCUA